CUCCUCGCGAGAGUGGCGGCGCAGAGCGGACGACGACGUCGACACUCGAUGAGCGUGGCACGACGCAGGUCCGCACCGCACUACGAUUACAGUCAUUCAUCAAAUCCCGUUGGUCGCGACUUUGAGCGGGCGCGCGCGCGUGUGUGUGUGUGAGAGAGUGUAUGCGCGUGAAGCGUGCGUGCGUGCGUGUGUGCGUUUGUUGUGUGUGAUUGUCGGUGUUUGUUGUGUGUAUAAUAUUUUCGUUUUCCCCACCACCCGCGCACCGCGGGAAACGAGAAAAAUGGUGUUCGUGUAUCGGAUUGCGCGCAGCGGCAUCAACGGUAGUGCCGUUCGACAGUCGCGGCGGUUCCAAACGAAAUGAUUUCCCGCGAUCGUCCGUCGCGCAGGUCGUCGUCCUACCCGUCGCCGAGCAGAGCCGUAGUCGCUGCGCCGCCGUGAUCCGUGGACGCGUGUGCGCGAAAACUUUUCGUUAACCGGUUGGCAGCCGGCGUGUGAUGUUGUUGUCGCCGAGUCGUCACUCAGCGUAAGCCGUCAGCAGAGUCGCUCCGUUCCGGCAGUGGAAAAAUGGCCGAGCAUCAUCAGGUGAGUUCAUUCAACCCGUCCGCGUCAAAAGCCCCUUCGCCGCCGCGUCGCGCACCUCGAUUAAUAAAUACCUACCGUUCCGUCGCACCGCCGUCGUCGCGUACGGUCCGGGGAACACUAUUUCGCCGUAGUAGCCGGCGAACAAAGCUCGACGACAACGUUUUCGCGUUCCGUUUUUAUCUCGCGAACCGCAAUGUUGUCAACGACUACUGCGACGACGACGACGACGACGACGACGACGACAACAACAACAACAACAACAACAACAACAACAAUAACAAUUCGGCCGCCUAUACUGUUAACGCUUAUGCGUAUCGCGUUCGGACAUCGGCGUGUAUUUCGUCGUUUUGUAUGUGCGCGCGCGCGUCCGAGUCUGUGCGACUGUGGUUCAUGCGCAACAAUUCGCUUCAAGGUUGUGAAGCGGGUAUUUUUGAGCUCGCGUUUUCCGCCCGUACCUGUAGUUUGAACGCCGCGCACUUGUCGCCACCGCACUCCGCGCGCGUACACACACACACACACACACACACACACACCACCACUCGGCGGCUGUAAAUAAUUAUCGGUCUCUGACGUGUACGUCAUUAUAUUAUCCGAUCGCUAUUGCCACUAAUUGGGUUUGCCCGGCAUUGUUUUUAUAACGCGUGUUGUUCCCCCACCCCGCGACAAUAGUUCUACGUACGUACUAUAAUUAUAACGGACGAAAACGGCGACUCGGUUUUACACCGGCAGUUCCCCGAGGGGCUAAUGGUGUUUCCGAGUUUAAUUCUAUAAGGACAAACAAAAAAAAAAAAAAAAAAUCAUAAAAAAAAUCUGUCGCUUAAACGCCGUCGGCUCAAUACCGGAAAGUUCUGUUGUAUUAGUCUCGUUAGACGUUUUUUUCACUCGAGUUUUCAGCGUCAGUAAGUUGACUUUCAUCUCUCGAUACUAAUUAACUACUACUAACUGACUCGAUUCUCCAAUCGAACAACAUCAAGUCAAGACGCAUCCAGUAUUUUGUUCAUUACAGUAAAAGUAAACAAGAAAACGGCGUCCUCUUUAUAUUGGUAUCAAUGAUCACUGGUACCCCCAAGUUACAAGUUUUCAAAGUUAGUUCAAAAACAUCUUUGGUGCGUGAUAAUUGUUUUAAGGAGUAGGCUAUACGUGCAGUGACAGUGGCGUGUUUAGGGGACGAAAACUUCGAGCCCCCCUCUCCGGUACGUGUUUAUUGUGCGUGAUAACAACCAUUCCACCCUUGUUGUAUUGUAUAAAUAUAAUACGGUAUGAUUUGUACGAUUCACGAACGGAAAUAACAAUAAUAGUGUAUACUCGUCUGUUUCCUUCGUUAUGUAAGGCCGAACGAUUAAGUCUUCUAUAAACAAUAAACUCCGUAUCACCUCUUUUUAUCACGAUAUAAAAGUAAACCGCGAUUAAAUUGAUAACACGUAUGACCGUCGAUCAUAAUAUUAUAAUAUACGUAUUAAUUCGUGUAAUUCUAUGGGUAUAAAAUACGGUUCUGUCUCAUUUUCGACGUAAAUAUGUGCCGUUCGGAUGUAAACUAAUUUUAAUUGAUUAUAGAUUUUCAUCGCGGUGAAGAAUGCGACGGGCUUUAUACGUUUUAUUGACAUGUAUGUACCUAUUUUUAUAUAUCUGUAAACAACUUUACCACUAGAAAUUAUGCUGUAAUCAAACGUUUCAUAGGUACUCGUAGCGUUUUUGAUACAUUUUGUCAAACAUUUUUCUUUUAAUAUUCCUUGUAGCUUUCUUAAUUAGUGGAAGCAACUUUGUACUUUGUCACAUAAUUUUUGUUGCUUUCUAUGUUAACUCUGUUCAGAAUCGUAGUAAGACAAGAAGAUAUAUACUUGUGUUUUUAUUUAACAAGAUUAGACCAAAUCACAAUGUUUAAACACACGAGUAUAAAAGCUCACUCUGUGAUAAUUAAAAAAUAUAAACACCUAUCAUCAUUUCUUGAGAAAAUAAAAUUGUCUAGAUGAGCCACCAAAAUCAACUCGCUCGCAUAAUAAUAUGCUAAAUAUGCUAAACUAUUCCUGGUUCAGUGUUUUUACAUGUAAACUUUGAAUAAAUAUCUAUUUAUAUUAAUAAUAGCUAAAUAAUAUUAUUACCUAGGUACCUAUUAAUAUGACCAGAAAUAUAAUAACUACACAUGAAAUGUUAAUUCUUUACUUUUAUUUUUUUGAUAUGAUUUGGUAUGCCAUAGAUAAAGUUAACAAUACCUACUAGAAUACCUAUCUUACUUAGCCUAGUACCUAAUAAUAACUAUUAUCAUUUAUAUCAAUGUUAGUACUUUUAAAUUACUAAUUUUUGUGUAUAGGGUAUAUUUUUGCAAAUAUCAUACAUGCUAAAAAUUCAUUAUUAGGUACCUUGAUGCCGCUAUUAUUUCUGGACUCUGGUAUCUAAUUCAUUUGUUAAUUAUUUUGAUAUUUUUCUUAUUGUAGGUAUUAUAAUAUCUUUCAAGAGGGUAUAUCAGGCGCUAGAUCAGGAAUGUACUGGCCCACCGAGUUUUAUGACAGCCAAAAAUGAUACAAAAUAAAUAUAGUUGACCAUUUAAUAAGAUAUAAAAUAAUCUCACAUAACAGAAUGUUCGAUUUGAUUUCAUAUUUUUCUUUAGAUAGCAUUUAUCUUGAACAAAUUUACUAAAUAUUUCUUAUAAUUAAUCACAGUUCAUACUUAGUUUAAGUCUAUAGUCUGUUUAUAAAUUUACAUUUAGUAGGUACUCAUUAAAAGUAAAUAUUAAGAUAAUUUAUUAAAAAUACCUAGAUAAAAAAUAAAUAGUUUUGCUAAAAGAGAUACAAAAAAAAAAAAAAAAAAAAAAAAACAAGAUAAUAAAUAUGAAAAUAUAAAUUUGCAAAACAGUAUUUUAUUACUAUUUAAAAUUUAAAUGUUAUUUAUUAUUAUAAUGAUGAUAUUUUCUAUUAAAAUAUUUCUGGGGCUAUAAUAAAUACUCAAAUUCAGUAGUUCUUUAGAUUUCUUACUGUUUUUAGAAUAAGUUUACUAAAAUUCCAAACAAGCUAAAUUCUAAGUUUAUUUGUAUCAUUUAAAUUUCUAUUAAAAUUUAUAAAGUGAUAUGUAUUUAUAUUAUUUGCAAUAUGAGUAAGUUAAAUUUUGUUUUAUCACUUUAUCUAAGCCUUUGCCUUAUCAUAUUAUGAUGUAGUUAUCCUAUAUGUUUUGUAUAAUUUUGAAUAUUUAUGAUUAUUUCAGAUAUCCAAGAAUUUAUAUCUGUCAUUAUAUUAGAUAAUAUAUUCCAUUCUACUGUAUGGGUUUUACUUUGGAUUUUAUAUUUUGAUUUUAACAUUUUUUUUUUACGACAUAAUUAAAUCUAGUUUGUCUUACGACAUAUGAGGGGCUAAUUUGAAAUUUUUCACCAGUUUUAAAAGAGAUUAAGUUAUGUUAUAGAAAAACAAAUUUGUUCCAAGAUAUUUUGUUGAUAAAUCAUGGGCCACAUAUCUAACAUAUCUGGCCCACCCCUAAAUAUGCUAUUGCCAAUUUCGUUGUAAAUCACUCAAUUUAAUAAUAGAUACCUAUGUUGGUACAGAAUUUCAAAAAAUAAAAAUGUUUCAACUAGUUUGUUAGAUAAUAUUAUAACCUCAAGCAUAUUUUUAUUUUUGAUAAUACGUUAAAACCCCAUUCUGGACUUAAAAAUUAAAAAUUAAAUUUUGUUAUGUUGUUGUAUUGUUUACUGCUAAAUAGACAAAGAUAGUAUUGUGGGUGUUUUAAAAUUCAAAUACUAGAUUACGUACACAUAGUUAUAUCAUAAUCUUUUCUUACUUCAACAUAAUAUAUUAAUGCGUAUUUAUUUUUUUUUUAUGUAUAGUUAUAAUUAACGAUAAAUUGUUUUAAUUUUAAUUGUAAAUGUAAUAAUAAAUUACGUCAUACAUUAUUAUUUACUUUAUAAUUGUGCUGUUAUUAAAUAUGUUAUUUAUAUGCUCUAAACCCCUAAAUAAUAGAUAACUAAUACCAGAGUUAAUAUAAUACAUUUAAUUUGUAAAUUUUAUAUUCUUGAAUAUUUCUUUAUUUAAUGAUUGAUGACAAAUAAAAAUAUUAUCAAAAAAUGUUUCAAGUUUAUAUUUAUUUGCUACUUUUCUAUCAAUUGUAUUACUUAAUGAAGAAAUAGGUAGUUAGGGUUAAUAAUGUUUUAUUUAAUUAUCAGCUUUGAGGAAUUAUGUAGCUAUUACCUGAGUAUAUGUUUAAUAAUAAUACAAUUUUACACCACUUUUUCCAUAAGUAAUUGUUUUUAGUAGUUUUACCUUUUAGUUAAUAAAGAAAUUGAUCAUCUGUUUUAAAAUUGAAUUUUUAUUUCAAUAUUUCCAAAGAUAAACAAAUAAUAAUUUAUGUUCUAUAGGUUUAAAAAAAGAAUACCUAUUAAUAUUUAUAAUGUGAAGGAAGAUGAACUUAAUUAUUUACAUUUAAAAAUAAAAAAAAUUGGAAGUAGUUCAAAAACUAUCUAUACUAGUUGAUGAAAAAUAAUGUGAAUAGUAAAUAAUUAAUAUUUUCAAUAAAAUUAUGAUUUAAUCUAUGCGUAGAAUUGGAAAAAAAACAAAUUUUAUAAGGGAAUGUAGGAAAUUUAAAAUAGAUCACAAAGAAUAUAGGUAUUUAAUAAAUGUUUAAAACUGCUUUUAUAAUUAUGGAAAUUAUAUGCUAACCAAUGUAGGAUUAAUCAGGACUUAUUAGUCCUACUACUUAUCAGUCCAUUACUAUUUUAAUGAUAAAUUAAUUUGUUUGGCAUAAAUUGAGAUAUUUAAAAAACAAUAAUUAGGAAUCGUUUUCAAAAUUUAAACUUGAAACUUAAUAUUGCUACAAGAACAUCUUUUGAUGAAUCUAGUAUCACAUUUUCAUGUAUUUUUGAGAAGUCACAGGUAGAAAAAAAAUUACAUUUCUCAGUUCAUUUAGUGUCUUACAGAUACUUUUUUAUUAGUUUUGUGGGUUCAAAUUAAAAUACUAAAAUCGAGCAUUGAGAAUUGUGAUAAAUGUGGCCUGGAUAUACAUUUCAGUUCUUCGGUCUGGAUUUGGUUUCGGCUCCGCCUCUGCAAACAAGUACCUAGAAAACCGUUAGGUUUUGUAACUCGGUAAUUUUUUACUCUCAAUACAAGUUAAAACAAUACACCAGAUCCGAAAAUAAUUUUGAACACGGAUUUAAACUUCUUAUCAUGCUAUAUUUGCCGUACGUCUGUCGUAUUUCGCGCUUUUUUAAUAUUGUAUUUUGUGUGCGCUCAGGAAAUUAUAAUGGAAACAUUUUGCAAAUAAUUAUUAUAAUAAUUUUUGAACAGUUUAUUUUUCGCGGUUUUUUUUCUGAAAUUUAUCGAACGUAUAGUUGAACCGAGACAAUUUGUUACAGCGCCCAAGAUCUCCUCUUGGGCAUUGCCGAAUGGGUUUAAAAAACGUUUACGAAAGCGUAAUAAUGUGCGGCGUGUGUUUAACACGUCGCGAUGUUUCGAUGAGAAAAACAAAACAUAUUUUACGAGUACACCUCGUAUCUAAUUGUUUCUUUCCGUUGGUAGAUGCCGGGGCGCACCCUCUUUGAGAGCAGUAGUAGUCGUUUAACGACAUUUCAAAAUACAUUACUCGGUAUUAGUUAUUGUUUGCGUUUGUAACGUAUGUAAUGAAAUCGGGAUUAAAAAAUAAAAAAGAUAUACCCACGUGUUAGGAAGACGUUAGUUUAUACCCGCGCAUCCGCUGUGCCGGUCUCGGUCCGACUACCGGGGAGACACGCGAAAACAACGCUCAAGCAGAAUAUUGUGUGAAACCAGCUUGGUUUCGGUUUUAGAGCAAAAGUGCCCGCGAUGAAAUGUGCAGAGAACAAUAUUUCGGGGGGGGGGGAGAUGGUGGUAGGGGAGAAUGACUUGGGUGUUUUUUUUUUUAUUUUGUUGAAAUAUGAACUAUUAAAAAGUCACAGUUGUUUAAAAAAAUAAGGUUUUUUUUUUAUCUUUUAUGUCGAGCCUGUAUAUUUUGAAUAAUUCAAAAGACACGCCUGCACGACAAUGUCCCCUGACAUACCGUUCUCUGUGCAUUUCAUAACAGGUACUCUUACACCGAAAUCGUAAUUAAGCUGGUUUUACUUAUUCUGCGUAAGCAAUUGAUUUUGCGUGUUACCCGCGGUGUAGUCGUCGGACCCGAGACACAGUAGACGCGGCGGGCAUAAAUGCAUAACGCCCUCUUAAGUGAGCACACGAGUUUUGCGCUAUAAACGCGUAGAUAUUAAUUUAUUAGCGUUAUAGACGAUAAUAAAUUGUAUUGUUUCGCAGAAGUAUUUUCAUUUCGAAAACCCAAUUGACCCAUUAAAAUAAUAUUAUGUUCCGCGAUUAUCCGUCGUCAUUUUACGAUAAGGCGAAGUGGAAUUAACAACCAUAUUAUGCGUACCCAUUAGAAUAAUUAAUUAAAAAACAAAAAACAAAUACAAUUCCAACCGAAUAACGAGAAAUCUUAUCUAGCUGUCAUUCAUUUAAUGUGUUUUUAUCGCGGUUAACGUGAUAAUAAUCGUAAGAAUAAAUUUUAUUAACACUAAACCAGUUAUUAUUAUUUUUUUUUUUCUAUAUAAUAAAUUUAUAUUUGAAUAUUGUAAUAAGGAUUUUUCAAUCGGUGAUGGGCAGGGACGGGGAAGCAAAAUAAAAACUUUUAAUUGCACGCUUGUCCGCCGUGAAACCUAAAUAGUUUUCUCAGUUGUUGUGUGUACGUUUAAAAAUAUAAUACCCGACGCCGCCCGCCUUUACGCGUUUGUUUAUACUGAUAACAUUGGUGUAAAAUCGGAGUUUAACUUGAUAUUACGGUAUUGUUUUCAGGGCGAAUACUCGUGCAACCCCACCCUAUACGAUUUGGGUUUUAAGUACGGUUUGGUAACAAACACUACCGAUGGCGCGAUGCCCGACCUAUCCGCCAUCGAUGCUUUGACACCCGCGCAGUUGGACGAGCUGAAGGAAACCAUUAGGCGGGAGAUCCGACGCGAGCUCAAAAUCAAAGAGGGCGCCGAGAAACUGCGCGAGGUCGUCACGGACCGCAAGUCGCUAUCGGAUGUCGCGGACAUCGUGAAAAAAUCGCACACCAAGCUGCUGGAGUUGCAAGUAGAACUACAGGAACUCGAGUCCCACAUCAUACUCAGCCACGGCGCGUCGUCGGGACAACAAUCGUGCGCGGGCGUUUCGAACAAUUCGUUUACGUCCGGCGUACACAAGAUGCCCAGGGUCAAUGGAUCCGCGGAUCGCCCUGUUUCAAGUAAUUGAUUACGUAUUAUUAUCGUAUUAUUUUCAAUUCGCGUAAUAAUACGCGAACGGAAUACUUUUAGCGUGUUAAAUACUGUUUAUACCUCUAAUGCAGUGGUUCUCAAUCUUUAUUGAUUCACGUCGCCCUUAUCGACAAUAAUCCAACACUGAGUUGCCCUACCAAUGCGCAAUCCAUUGAAAUUAUAGGAUAUUCAAGGAUCGUUGAAGAGUGAGUGAUGAUGAGAGAAUGUUACGCUGUUCGGGAGGGUGUUAGUGGUUACAUGACAACGACGGCAAUAAUACGAUUUUAUUUAAAAAAAAAAAAAAAAAAUUUAAAGUCGUCUUAUGUUUUUUCCUUUUCUCCGAUGAUUUCGUGUCAUCUCUGCACUGCGACCAUAACCCCAUGUCACUCUGAUCGAGAACCACUGCUCUAAUGCGUUACUUUAUAUUAUAUUUUUAAUAUUAAUGCUCUCGGGCGUACCGAGUAUAAAUGGGCGUAGAAUUUUCAAUUGACAUUAUUUUUGAUUUACGAGGGGUUAAGGGAAUAUUUUUUUAGAUUCUGAGUGUGUACAUCUGGAAUACUGCAGUGUAAUAAUUGCGGAAAAACGGGAAAAUUCACGAAAUGUAUUAAAAGAACGAGUGUUUUCAAUUUUGUUGUUUUGUUGUUAUUUAGUUAAACAUAUUUGUUGAGAGAAAUUUGGACAGAAAACUUAUAUUUGUCUUUUAUAGACGUGGUAUAAUUUUCAAAUCAUUUUAGCCAUUUUCGAGCCAUUUAUAAACAUUAAUUUUGCCUUUAAAAACCUCAAAUCGAACUCUGUUCAAAAUUGUUUUUCGUUAACAAAGAUUAAUUUUUGGGUACAGAUAUACAUUAACCCUUAAAAUUCCCCUGUAAAUUCUACCUUCCCAACUUUUCAUUUACAACAGUGGUACAUCGUGCGAAAUAUGUUCGUCAUCUUUUUUUUUUAUUUAUUAGGCAUUAUUUCUUUAGAUUCUUUGUACACAUUUAAUUUUAAAACUUAAGUAUUUAACGAUCGGUUGGUAAAAUUAUUCUUCAAUUUGUUCGUUUCGGUUAUUCUCUAUAAAUAUUUUGGGAUGGGUUAGAAUUUCCUUCCAGUUUUCAGUUUGUUAUAAUUACAAAAUUUAUGACUGGUGGCCACAUUCGAAAAUUACUAAUUUCAAAACUUUUGUUUUUAUUAUAUUACGUAAGAAUAAUCUCAUAUUUUAUUAUAGAAAAAUUAGACGGGUAAAAGUAAUUAUGUUCAGCUUACCCACCAAAAGUUUUGUUCGGCUGGAACAGCCACUACUUUUUCAUUGACUUAUGAUUUUCCAGAAAGCCUGGCUUGCUUUCGAGGAUAAAAGUGAUUAUUAGUAAUUCCUUUUUUCUGUCUUUUGGAUAAAACAUCUUCAUUAGCCUACAGCAGAAGUUCCAGUUUAAUAUUAACAUUUGGCAAGUCAGCUAUUAGCGUUUUACUAAAAUGUGUUUUUUUUUUUUCGAAAUACUUUUAACGAGUGAAAAAUGAUCAGAUUUUUUCAAAUUAUGGAAUUUCCGCCUGGUGGUACUUUACUUGAAACACGUUUUCAAAUGUUCAAUAUUUUGGUCUUUUUUUUCCUCGGAAAACACUUUUUCGGUUAGUAAAGACUACAAAUUAUUCGCAUCGCACUUUAAAAGAUGCGGAUUUUUCGCCCGGUGAUAUUUUACCUGAAAGAAAUUUCUAGAUUCCCUGCACAAUUAUUCUAUAAAAUCUCAAAAACCGACGGCAAAAUAUGUCGACACAACCGUAUAUACUUGUUGAUUUCUUCUGAGCUAUAAGGGUAAAAAAACCUACUCCGCUCGGAACCUUUUUUUUUCUUUUUUCUUGUAAUGAUCCAUCAUUAGUUUCAGACUUUCAGCGUAUAAAUUAAAUUACUCUGUAGAGUAUACCACCUACCUUUAAAACUUCUCACCUACUACAGUGGCGUACCUAUUAUGCUAAGUGCAGCGUCCUGUCUUUUUAUUGGACAUUUAAUAUAAUAAAUAUUAAUAAUCUCACGGAUAUUUAUACUCUAGUAAGUUAUUCGCCGGAGUAGACCGGUGUUGUAGUGCUGUUUAAUUAUUAUCAAGAGACGCGUUCCCCACUUGAAUCGACGAGUGCUCACCUACAUUCGCCUAUCUGCAAAAUCGUGUCCGGUGAUAACUAGGGGAUUAAACAUAUUUUUUUUUAUUUAAUGUAUUUAAAAAAAAAAAAUCCUCUUCGUUUGUAUCGCGUUGCGUGUAACUCUCCAAAGUAAAAAUAAUAAACUACUAUAAAACGUAAACGAUUGUCGGUAUUUUAAUGGUUUUUGAUGACGAUUACUACGGAAAUACGAAUUUGGUUUGCCGGUUAAUACAAAUAAUCCGAUUUUUUCACGCGAUAUUUUAAAAUAGCAUAGGUACUAGAGGUGCUUCGGAUAGAUUAUUGUAUGAACGAAUCAGGUGGUGUCGAUUAUCGGCCUGGUAAUAAUAUUUUAAUUUUCACAAACACCGGGCGAUCAGCCGAGUAAUAACCGGCGGUUAUCAAUUUGCGCAUCGUUUAUUUACUUGUACAUCGUUUGCGCAUCAACGGCAAUCCAUCAUAUGUCAUUUGCGCAUCAAUAUAUCGAACAAAAGGAAAAAAAAAAAAAACGUCCAUUGUAGUGGCGUGACAAUUAUAUUUGUUUUCGGACACAUACAUAUGACUUCUAUAUUUUUCAGCGUUUUAUUUUCCGUAUACAAAUAUUUGUUUAAAAACGACAGUAGCUUUUCCACGUUUUUAAUUGACAAAUUAUACAUUCGCACAAUAAACAAUAAUUAUACAAUUGAUAUAUUGAUACAUUUUCGUUGACUCCACCGUUUUAUAAUUAAACGCCUGUACUGCAAUAGGAGUAAUGACUAAUACGUAAUAUCAAUUAGAUCCAAUUAUAUUAUUUGAUAAUAUGCGGUUGGAUUUGGUCGUUGUGACUGUUAUCGUCGUAAUGGGUAUAUUUUGUGCAUUAUAUUUUUAAAACAGAAAUAUCUAAUCUAUGGACCCAUGUAAUACAUAAAUUUGACCAUAAUAUGUUCUUUGUAAUCGAUAAAUUAAAAAAUGAUUAAUAUUGGACGUUCCGCAGAAAGUUAGGAAACAAUUAUAAGGACGUUAUACCCGCAUUUGCUGUGUUUCAGUCCAAUUACCGGGUAACACGCAAAAACAAUGCUUACGCAGAAUAAAUAAAACUAGCUUGAUUUUGAUUUUAGAGUAAAAGUACCCGUUAUGAAAUUUAUAGCGAACAAUAUUUCCGAGGCAAUUUUAUCGGUGUUUUUUGAAUUAUAAACUAUAAAAAAGUUAGUUAUUUAAAAAAAAGAAAAGUUUUUGUACCUUUUAUAUCGAACUGUAUGUUUUGAAUAAUAAAACAAACACUCCCUCCGACAUAUUGUUCGUUAUAAAUUUCAUAAUAGGUAUUUUUACUCUAAAAUCAAAAUCAAGCUAGUUUUAUUUAUUCUGCGUGAGCAUUGUUUUUGCGUGUUACCCGGUAGUUGGACUGGAACAGCGAAUGCGGGUAUAGCGGGUAUAACGGACUCUUAACACAAUAACAUUGUGUACCUUUAGUAUUUUCCGACUUAUAUUACCAUUACAUAAUAGAACAGGCAUUAGUUUAGUAGCUUUUUAAAUUGAUGAGGUAUCAACGCAUAGCCGCCGUAACUUGCUGGGUUGAGAGACAUGAAAUUUUUUUGCACAGAGUUUUUUUUGUCCCUUGUACAAACGUGAGCGAACACCGAGAAAAGGAUUUUCAAAAUUCAACCCAUAACGCGUUUUUUAAAAAUUCACACCCUUAUGUGGCGAAUGGGGUUUCCUAAAAGAGUUCAAUUUCAUUUUCGGUGAAAUGUCCAAUUCACUCGGCGAGUGCAUACUUAUACGGUUUAUCUGAGAUUAACAGACUGAAAAACCACCGGACCGAUUUUUACGCGUUUUUUUUUUUUUUUGCUAAACGAUCCGCGUGUCAGGUGCAGGUUUUUAGCUAUUGAAAUAUUUUUUGAUACGACCAGUAAAUAAUAAGUUAUGGGCCUAAAUUUUAUAUUUUCUGUGUAGUUUAGUUGCGCGUAGCGACAGCAAAGUAUGGUCGGUCAGCUAUUCCAUAUAAAAUACGAGUAUAAUAGUUGAAAUUUGUUAUGUUUGUUAAUUAUACCAGUGUAUACCAGCAGUAACGCAUCCAAGGCCGCCUAAAAGGACAUCAGCCCUUCCGCCAUUGUCUGUGUCGUCAUUGUCAAAUUAUCCAUAUACCUAUUGUAAUAUAUAUAUAUAUAAAAAAGUCCGAUUCACGUUGGUUUUUUAAAUUUGUAUACGAAUCUACAAUUUUAUUCCAAUAUGAAUGAAACUUUGCACAUUUUGACAUUAAAAACAGAAGGAAGAUCACUGUUUACUUUUAAUCUUGAAAUGCAACCGUUAAAGAGUUGCUGACAUAGGUUUUUUGGUAUUUUUGGAACGAAAAUUAAAUUUUUUUGUUUAUUUACGGAUUACAUUGGCGAUAGGUGAAAAAGAAAAAAAACCAGAUAUAUUACACUUAUUUAAUUUUUCACGGACAAGGAAGUACUCUUUUUAAAAGAUAAAUAAUGUUACUAGCAACGACUAGAAAAAACUUAGAGAUGCUACACAUGUUCGUCAUCAAAAUGCCCCGAAACCAAUGUACUCCCAAGUUAAAUAAUUCAGAUUCGAAUGUAGGGAUCAUACACUAACAAUAUAACAUUUUUUUAAAUAAUUAUUUACACGUUUUUUUCCCCUAAUUUUUCAUUUUAAUUAAUUAAUUUUCUUCUAAUUUUCUAAAAUAUUAAUUUUAAAACGUUUAAUAUAAACCAUUUAUUUUUAAAAAUAAUAUCGUUAUUGUCUUUUUUCCUUAUGUUUGUUUUUUUCCUUGUCAUUUUUUUUACCUGUUACCAAAAAUAUUUGCUCUGACAUCUCUGGAUUAAGUCCGCCACGUUUCGCUUCACGAGCUAAUGAAAAUGACCUGUCUGAAUAUACACUUGACGCAAGAGCAGACAAAUGUCAUUCCGUCAGUUACAGGCACUUAAUUUUUAUUUCGUUAAAUUAGAUAGUGAGCCUGGAAUUGCGGCGGUUAUUACGCCGGAUAAUGGAUUAUGGUAUCGAGUAUCCGGAACAAUUCUAACAUAUUUUCUAAAAAAUUUUCUUUAUUUAAUAAAAGGAAAACACUCGAGUUAAGUAAAAAAUGCUCAGAUUUUUUCACGUUGAUCCAAACAGUUUUUCGAAAUUGCUUUUAAUUUUCCUGUAAUGUAGUGGAGAAAACCGAAAAAGUUGAUUUUUAUUCAAUAUGCUACGUAGGUGUAGGUAUUUUUUAUUUUUUUAUUAACGGAAUGUAAACCGAAAUAUGAAAAUUACAAAAAAAAAAAAAAAAAAAACGUAGUUUUUUAAUAGGUAUUGUAUCUUAACAAGUCUUAUAACAUACCAUGACAUUUUUCAAUUUUCACGGCGACCAUUGAAAUGAUGACGCAACAUAGUACAGUUUGAUAACAGUUCUUUAUUUUGAACCGUGUAAACAAUAUCAUAUGUUAAUAUAAUAUAAUAUAUUAUAAUCGGUGGUGUUUCCGUAACGUUUAACACAUACGCAGUAUAUAUACACUCUCGGCAUAUGGUCGAAAAAUCGCCAGCGUACUGCGUAAACUCCAAAAUUGUUUUUCAAAAAAUAAAAAAAAAAUAUCUAGUUUUAAAAAUUUGUCUUGAUAUAAUAUUUUUUUAAAUUUAAUACAAUUUGUAUUAUUUUUAUUUUUUUUUUAUUUUUUAUUCUAAUUAUAUUGAAGUAUUUAACACCAUCUAUUGCGCUCUUAUUAUUUCUGAGUAAUGACGCAAUGACUACUAAAACCAAUAGAGCUAGUCCAAUGUUGUACAUAUUGUCAAAAUCGGUACGCGAUGAUGAUAGCCGCCGAUCCACAGUACAUAUUAUUAUUAUCAUCACGAGCGGGUGCGCGGGAAAAAAAAGUCCGAGAACCCAGUCCGACCAAGUCGCGUAUCGCAUUGUCGGGCAGCAAACACGAUAUUAUAUUAAUACGCGACGAGUACACGUACGAUACCAACCCUGGACCCGUUUCAGAUGCGUACUAUAACGUUUUUCAUUUGACGAGUCGCGCGCGUUUAAUCAAAGCGAAUUAAAUUGACCGGAACGAGUAUGCGUAUAAAUGUGUAGAAAAAAAAAAAAUAUAUAUAUAUAUGUCCGUCUCGUUAAAUACUACGAAUUUCAAUUUCAGUUCGUAUUUAGAAGAAGAAAAAAAAAAAAAAACAACGACGACGACGUACGAGUGGCGUAUUUCGUUUGAUUCGCGGGGCCCGCGGUCGAAUACGCCGCGUAAGGGUACCGUUUGGUUUCCAAGCUGCGACUUGCCCGGACGCAACGGCCGGCCGCCAACGGUCGCUCGAUUAUUAACUGAUGAACACGAAACGCCUCGUCGUGCGGUCGACGUGCGCGUGCCCCAACGACAACGGUCGUGGCGUAUUGACGAUCGCAUUGCUGCUCCGGAAGCGCGGCGCGGUCGCAUUGCGGUUUUGUUCUGAACGCCGUAUUUUUAUCGUGCGGUUUUUUUUUUUUUUUCUUCUAUGAACGCGAAUUUGUUGUUCGUAAAUCGUAAAACGUCGAACACUACACUACUCUGUUGUUCACUACGACUUCGCGCGCGAGAAACGCCGCCUUUAAAGAAGUAUCCCUCGUCGCCGUACGCUCUUUGUGUUGAACGAAAAAUAAUUCGCCCGUUGGCUUCCUGUACGCAUUUGAAGUGUAUAUUUAUUUCCUUUUCUUCCGCCCCGUCUGAUGAACGUACGGUCAUUGUGUGAUUGCCAUUCGUAAUUGCCCGUUCCGUUUUUAAUGGUCUGUAACACGACAAAUGCAAAUGCAAAGAAUUACGCGAGCGCCAAGAAGUGUCGAGCCGAACCGAAAACGAAUGCCGGGCCGAAAGUCGGCCGCAUUGUUCGGAAACCGCCGCCAGUGGUGCGCGCCGCGCUCAACGAUCGGUCGUUGCGGCCGGCCGCCGCGGCUCGGAAACCGCACCUUAUUUAAUGCGUUCGAUGGUAUUGUGUAACGUUGCGUAAUUGUCUGACGAACGGUGUCGCCGACAAAACCGUUUUUGUCGCCGGUUCAAUGAUAACGCCGUGCGUGCUGGUCUCUCGCGGCGUUUACGAGACGGGUACUGAGCGGUUCGGAGUGAUAGCAAUUAAUGAAAUGGGCGCGCGCGAACGAGUGUCCGAUUCCGGUGUAAACAUUACGGGGUGCUGACCUUAACCGCGGUGCGGCGGCGGCGGCGACGGCGACGACGACGACGACAUUGCGAAAAAAAAAAUUGUACAAACACCCGUGGUCGCGGUCAUUUCUUUCUUUCUUUUUCUUCCGUUUGUUUGGCAAUAAUUAUUUACAAUACUGUCCGGAAACGCGACGGCUCGGUGAUAUUAUUCUUAUCGGAAUCAUUCACGUAUUUAUAUUGUCGAUCGUCGGUACAGUAAACGGUACACUCUAAUGAAUACAACAAACGGUUUUAUCGGUGGCGAUAAUAACAACGAUAACAAUGUAACACGUGAUACCGUACACCGUAUUGAUAUUUUCGUGUAACGCGUUCGGCAUAAAACUAUAAAUAAUAAUAAUAUCGGAAUACGGAAUAACGGUGUGUGGGGGGGGGGACGCGAGCAUUACGCGAGCACGCCGGUAUUAUUCGCGCGAGUUAUUUACGAACGGUAACGUCAAAAUAUUUUCUCGUUUUUGCGGUUUUAGGCGUUUAUUUUUUUUUUUUAAAUUUAUUUAUUUAUAUAUUUUUUCCUCUUUUUUUUUUCCCCGCUGUUUGUCUCUCCAUCGCGAGUCGCCGUUUUCGGCCGUUUAAAUAAUAAUAAUAAUAAUAAUAAUAAUAAUUAGGGCUCGGCAGGUGUAUUAUAAUAGGAGUCGCGUGUUUUUUUUCUACACGCACUGAAUUCAUAUUAGCGGACCAAGUUGGAAAUACUUUCCAUACGACGGAGAGUUUAAAAUGCAUAUUUUGCGUGUUUCGUUAAUUUCAGAGAACGAGUGCAUAUUUCGCAUAUUUCCGUGCGUAUUUAAUAUUUAAAAAAAAAAAAAAAAAUUUUUUUUUUCAUUCUCAACCAAUUUAUUUUAAAUAAUAAUAUUAAAUUUAAUAUUCAAUACUGUUGAACGUAGUUAUUCAUUGUUAUUUCUCACCGUCUCGGUCUGUUAUUGAUUUAAUGACAACGGUGCGAUUCGUAUUUAAUCUUUAUCUUUUCUGCGCAUAUUAAUAACGACACGACGUUAUACGUUUUUUCAAAUAAUAAACUGAAUAAUUGUUUGCGGAUCAAACGUUUUUUCAUGCGUAUUUUAGAAUUUUUUUUUUCGUGCAUAUUCGCGUGCAUACCAAUGCCUUUUUUACCUCCCGCGACUUCCGAGCUCUAAUAAUAAUAAUAACAACAACAAUAAUAAUAAUACCACCGUUAUCGCCGUCGUCAUUGGGUAUAUUUUUAUACCUAUUGCGAAAGACUGCGGUCCCGCACGAUUAUUUUUUUCUAUCGUGAUCGGAAGCGAAGAGUUUCCGUCUUCGUGCCUUACGCACGUGAGGUAUACAGUGUGUCGUCCCACCAAUGUUCGACGGAUAUUUCUAGAGCUAUUAAUAAUUAAAUAUCUUGCGUUUUUUUUUAUCUCUAUCGGUUUGUCGAUUUGGAAAAUAAUAAAAUUUCUAUUUUCAUCCCCAAAACGCAAACAUCAUAAAAAAAAUUAAUUUUUUAUUCAUUCACUUUACAACAUUUUCAAAAUAACCGUUUUGUAAAUGACAUUAUUCUGAAAAUAUCAAUUGUUUUCACAUUUGUUUUCUAGAAAUUAAAACGGGGCCGUUUUUACUAAGAAACUGUUCAUCGGAUACGAAUGUGCGAUACGUUAAAACAUUAUUACAUUACAAUGUUUAGAUAUUUUUUUUUUCUGUGUUUUUAUAAAAUGAAAAUAAAAAUUUAAUUUUUUUCCAAUUCGAUGUCCCCCUCAAAGACGAAUCGAUUCGAAAUAAAAAAAAAAAAUUGAAAAAUAUUUAAUAUUAAUAGCUCUAGAAAAAUCCGUCGAACAUGGUGGGACACGCUGUAUUGGGAAAUAGACGCGUUUAUUUCCAGGGUCCCGAUUGAUCUGUAGGAAAGCGACACGAAUAUUUUGAAAGCAGAUUUGAAUUUGUCGCGAGUUCUUCUACUCUGGAUCGACUUUGCCACAUUUUCCGAUUUUAAUUUAUCAACAAAUUUAAAAUAUUCUUUUUUUUCUUUUUUUUUUUUUUUUAGAAUUUAAGGAAAUAAAUGUAUAAAGUGGGAAAUUCCGGAUCAAUCGUCGGUGCGUUGUAAUUAAAACACGUUUAAAUAUCCCCGUUUCUCACGCGUGUAAGACAAAGACAGAAACUGUCCGCGCUUUUUUCAAAGUCGUUCCUAACGCCCCGUCAGCAAAGCACCGCGGCGGAACACCGGGAACCCGAUGUACUUUCCGGUGAAACAUCGGUAUAUCUCGGUAGAAAACUAGCCCGGUCUCUAAUUUCUAAACGCGCCCGUAACUUCCGGGGGCCGUCAAUCGAAAAUUCGGAACGUUCGGACGGAUCGUUGUUGUUUUCGUACACGACCAUUUUAGAUAGCUCGACCGCUGCUACAAUGCCCGCAACUCUGUUCCGACAAAAGCGGUGCCGGAAAUCCUGACCCCAACUAACGUUCGGUGAAUUUUCGUUUGGCGACGCAGAACAGGUGCGAUUUCAACGGAACACCGUGUCCCGCGUACGUUUGCGAGUUGGCCAACAACAAGAAUGGUUGAACAGAAAUCCGUUAUUAUUAUCUGUUACCGUUUCAGACUGUCGGGAACACGCGUCGUAAACGCAUUGAGUUUACAUUUUACCCGUUCGUUUUCCGUACACAUCGUAGUGAAGGCGUAUUAUCAUUAGCGUCUACGCGGGUGUCACAGCUAGUGUUGAAAUUACGCGUAACGCGAGUUUUGUAUUUUUACGGGCGAAAUUUCGCGGAUCGCGUAGAUUGGGAUGUUUUUCUUUGUUUAUGACGCGUACGCGGAACGGCAAUUGAGACCGAUUUGCCCCCGUCCGUUUCAGAGUCCCGUUUCGUGCAGCAGCGUAUUAGAAUUUUUGGAAAUAAAUGUGAAAUUCGGUGGUUUCGGUUUAUAAUUUCGAAAAAAAAAAAAGAUCGUUUGCGAAUGGCAUACAAAUAUAAUAUAUAAAAACAAUAAAAAUCAAAAUUAAUAAAUUGUUAAAGACCAGGCCCGGCCGAUCUCGCGAACACUACACGCCGAAAUUUGAAAUCCGAUUUCAGAAUUUUUUUUAAUGUUUCCGUUUCGGUUUUUUUUUUUUUUUAAAAACAAUUUUUUGUAAUUUUCGCGGUAGUAUCAAACAUAGAAACGUGACUUUAUUACGCGACCAUUUAUGUACGAUUAUACACUUGUUUCUACAAAAACUUAAAUAUCCGUUAGAACGAAUCACUAUUCUCGGAAUCAAAAUAACGUCUCGUAGAUAUGUACAAAACCAUUAAGUUAUGAUGUUUAGGGUAUUUGAAUGUCCCGUUAUUUCUCGGGCUGUUUUAUAAUAAUUUUACAACCGGUUGGAAACCGACUGCCAUUGUUAUUUCGUUGAACUUUUCUGCGAUUAAAAUUAUAUAGUCUAUGAGAAAAUAAAAAUCUAGCUCAUUGUUAAUGCAACAACAAUAACAUUUUACAUUGUUCUGAGUUUUGGAUUUCUCUUACACAGAGUUUUGUGCGUAUGUAUUUAAUGACUUCGUGUUUAUUUAUAAUAAUUUACAUAAAUGUUUUUGCGUGUUUGGAUAUUAAUAUUUAGUAGUACAAAAAUAUUAUAAAAUAAAAAUUAUUCACAAUCAUAUGUACAGUAGUUAUUGCCUAAAUCUCGAAACCAUAAUUCACCCUAACACAAAUUUUAAAUUCUCAUAAAAAAAAAAAAUAAAAAAAAAGUUUUCUUGAAUUUUAUUAAAAUUAUUGUAUUGAAAAUUAUCAAUUAAAUUCAUUUUUUUUUUUUUUUAUCAAUCCUAACAUUAUAUUUAUUGUAUUAUUAUAUACUAUACUUAUUUGUCUUAUAUAAUGUUAUAACAUGUCCAUGAAAUUGGAAUUCAUAUAGUAAUUUGAAAAUUCUAAUAAAUAAAUAUAUUAAUACAUUUUAGGUUCUUUGCCUAUGCAGUUUGUAGGCCAAUCUUCAAAACAAGUCCAAGAGUCUAAUUUUGUGAGUGACAUUAGACUAAUGCAACUUGAAAAACAACUCAAUAUAGAAUUAAAGGUAAGAAUUAAAUAUUGUUGGUUAAAUAUUCAGAAUUUAUAAUUUGUAUCUACAUUUUUUUCAGGUCAAGCAAGGCGCUGAAAAUAUGAUUCAAAGUUUGAGCAGUAAUUCACGAGACAAAAAACUAUUAGCUGAUGCCCAACAAAUGUUAUCAGACUCCAAAUUAAAAAUUGAGUAUUUAAAAUUGGCUAUUUUAAAAGGAAAGCAGACUAAGCAACAAAAGGAAGAAAUGAAGUCCAGUAGUGAAAAUAAAAAUGGUUAGAUACAGUUUAAAUAUUUUUAUAGAUAUUUUUAGGACGCAAAAUUAUUUGGUAUUGGCUGUUUUUCUGUAGUGGUGUAUUUUCAUAGAACCUGAUAAUAUUAUCAACUUCUAAUUUUAAACCUGUUUUUAUGUUCUUAUUACUUUCGUGCCAUUUUACUAAUCCCUGAAUGAUACUUUUUUUUUUUUUGUGGUGUUGAUGACGGACCGGAAACUACUGUAGCAUUACUUCCGGUCCGCCAACAUCGUCACUGAACAAUACCUAGGUUUCUAUGACUAAUUGGUUAUAUUGAAAUAUUGUAUUUGUUUUCAUAGUUGAUAAUUGUAUAAAACUAUUUCAAUAUUGUAAAUAAUAUAAAUUAAACCAAAUUUAAAUCAUAAAAACUAUAAAUACACAUAUGUUGAAUAUUUUAAAUAAUUUAUAAUAUAUUGUGUAUUUAUAUUCAUUAAGAAUUGGUGAAAUAAUAAAUUUAGUCAAGUAUGGAAAAUAUUAUGCUUUUGCAUAAUAUGCUUCUAAAAUCAGAUAAGAAGAUUUAAUUUUGUGUCAAUGAAUAAUUUUUUGUAGUUUAAUACCACAUGUUAUCAGUGUGUAUAAUACAUUUAUUGUUUUAGCAUUUUUGAUCUCUAGCACUAAAAGUCAAAUAGACACCUUUAAACAAUUUAAAAUAUGUAAAAAAAUAUAUAUAUAUAUAUAUAUUUCAAUUGUAAUAAUAUUAGACAAUCAAUCUAAUUGAUAAUAUUUUUUACGUUUUUAUCUUAUAUUUCUACCAAAAAUACUAUCGUUAGAAAUAAAAAUAUUCAUUGGAACUUAAAGCACGCUAUAAAAAUUAGUAAAAAAAUGAAAGAAACAGGUUAAAAUUGUGUAAAAUGUGACAAAAAAAAAAAAAAAUCAAAAUAUUAUGUACUAUAAUGUUUUCAAUUUUACAAUUUUAAUCUCAAUAUCAUAAAACCUAUAAUGUGCUCUAUUACAUAUUGUAAUACGAUCACCUAGAAGCAAAUGCAUACCAAUCCUGGUUCUAUUUUUAACUUAAGAAUUAAUAAAUAUUUUAAAACACUAAGAACCCAAAUAUUUAUAAUUUGUAUGAUAUUUAUAUUUUAGAAAAGUCUGAAUCACAUUUGGAAACUCCAUUAGAAGAACGCGUUGCAGAGUUACGGCAUCGUUUACGAAUUGAAGCUGCAGUUGUAGAAGGUGCCAAAAAUGUUAUUAGAACUUUACAGAGUUCCAAGGUGGCUGAAAAAAAAACUUUCCAAGAAGUAAGUAUUUUUUAAAAGUAUUUAGUUCAUUUUCAAAUAAUGUUUUAAUAUAAUAUAUAUAUAAAAACGAAAAAAAAUGUCUUACAAAUUAAAAAAAAAAAAUUUAAAUAUGAUUUGUUUAAUAUUUGGUUCAUCAAUAAUAAUAGGAACUGUAUUAAUUUACAAAGUAUAGUAUAAUAUAAAAUAUUACGAAUCAAAAUUAUUAGCUUUUUUUACUAAUCUACAUAAAUUAUAUUAUUCCAAGAAUUCCUUUUAUUUUUUUUUUUCUUUAUUAUAACAUAAUUUAUAAUUAUUAGUUUAAAAUAAACAUUUUUAAUUAGAACUCACAUUGUUAAAAAUUAAGUUAGUUUCACAGGAAAAUUAUUAUUUUUUUUUUUUCUAAGUUUCUAGGGUAGGUAAUCAUUGAAUUGUUUAAUCAAGAUAUCAUUAUUUUCCAUUUUUUCAAUGAGUGUUUUAUUUUACUUUACAACAGCUAUCCCAUACCUAAGAAUGGCUAUUUGUUAUUAAAAAGGUUAUUUUAUUAAAAUUAUUUUGUUGGGUCAUGGGUCAUUACCCAUUUUGAUAAUGACCCAUGUAUUUCUAUUUGGUAAACUCUAAUUACUAAAUAAUUUAUUUAUGCAAUUUUCUAUAUAUAAAAAUAAAAAAUAAAAUUUGUUUUCUAAAAUAUUCUGUUUAUUUGUUAUUAAUGCAUUUUUUUUUCAUAUUUUAUUAUUUUCCGAGUUUCCUCUGAUCAUUAUAUUUAUAAUUUUUGUAAUAUUAUUCAAAACAAAUAUUUAAUUUAAAGUACUUGCAAAUUAGUUUUUUAUAGAUCAGUUUUACUUAUAGACCUAUUUGGAUUUGCCCUAAAAUAUAUUAUUAUACACAGUUUACUAAUGUAAACAACUAAAUUUAAUAAAUGAUUAUAUUCUUUAACACGUGUAAAAAUAAUUCAUAUUCAUAUUACUAUAUUAGUUUAUUGACUGAGUUGCAACAUGAAUUGUAAUGAAAUAAAUGUUUCACAAAAAUAUUUUAUAUCUUAUAUUAUAAAAUAAAAGAAUUAUGUUGGUAAUAAUAUGUUAUUUAAUUCUUUGUAAACAUAAUUAUUGACCGUAAAUGAUAAAUGAUCACAAAUAAAAAAAAAACAAAGCUGUAAUCUAAAUAAUUAUUAUUUUCUGAUAAAUGUAUUUUUAUUAUCAUAUGCAAUUUAUAAACUAAAAUACUUAAUAGUAAAAUAAACAGAGUUAUUAUGAAUUAAACUUGUUAGUGUUAUACAUUAAAUAGGUUAGUUUUUUUUUCCUUUUUUUGAUAUAUUGAAACUAUCUAUGAAGACUUAGGUAUAUUUGUAUGUUGAUUAUCUUGAAUCCAAUCUAGAUAAGUUUUUUUAUUACAUAAUUAAAAUAGUUAAUUUUUCAAACAAUUUGAUUUCAUGACAUUUAUAAAAAAUAUAAUAUAUGUAUAUUUAUAAGUUCUUACUUAAAUAAUAACUCCUUUUUGAUAUAAAUGCAAUUAAUAUCAUUAUUUCAUUAUUUACUUAGUGUAUUUGUAUGUGUUAUUGUAUUUAUACAUUAAUAGUUUUUAAUAUAAUUUUUUUUUUCUAUAACGUUUGAUUAUUAUUCAACAAAUCUAAAUAUAUAUUUGCUAGGUUAGACUGUCAUUUGUCAUAAUAUACAAGUUUAAUUCAUUUAGCUGCAAAAAAAUAAAAAAUAAAAUAAAGUUGAAAUGCAACCUUGGUUAAUUUUUGUUGUGAUAAGUAAUUACUUUUAUUUUUUUUUCUUUGGAUUCAAUCCAAUUUUUUCACAUUUUUGUCACAGUUUUUAAAAUUAAAUAAAGGACACAAAUUAAAAAUAUUUGCUAAAAUAGUACAAUUUAUUUGAUGUUUAAAUAUUAUGCAUAACUUAAAAAGUAGGUUAAAAACAUUUGUUAAAUAAUUCUGAUGUGUUUGGUUGAUCAGUAGCGGUUUCACUACCAAUAGAAUAAGAUCGAUGUCUAGAAUUAAAAUACCUGCGACAGUUAAAACAAGAACAAUCAGGAUUCUUUGAUGGCCCAACAUGAUGAUCUUGUUUUGAUGAUAUUCGAGUUUGUCCGAACUUUGAUGCCAUUUUAGCGACUUGAUUAUUUGCACAAUUAGAAUUUGUUGUCUGUUGUCUGUACAUAGGUGAUUGUGAACAAUCACUGUAGCUUCCCAUAUCUUCAUUCAUGUUUUUCGAUGUAGACCAUGGGCGCCUUGCUAAUAUUUGAUUUUUUUGUGAACUAAUGCUAUUAAAACUCCACGCUGUCUCUGAACAUUCAUCGUCUGAACUACUUGUUGUAUCGUCAUAAUUUUUCGAUUGAUAUUUUUGUCGCACAUUUUCGAAUUCGGAACUAGUUAUACUACUAUUGUCGAAUGUAGUUGAAUCCAUAAAUGAAGAUAAAUCACAACUAGACGACUCAAAGAAAGAAGAAUCGGAAAUUGUAUUUUGGGUACUUAUUGUAGAUAGACAUGGGCUUCUCUGUAACAUACUUUGAUUUGACAUACUCAAUUGACUUCUGGGAGAACGAGAUUUUCUUGAUAUCUUUUUGCAGUUAAUUUUUAAAUCUGAUAAAUUGAGUAGUGUAUCAGAAGACUUAGUUGUUAAUGUAUUAUCUGAAUCUGAAGAUUCAGUACAAUAAACAUCAAUGUGCACAGUUCUAGCGUGAUGUUUUUUGUGUUUAUCUAGUUCAUAUUUUCUAUUUUUAAGAAUGACUUUUGUAUUUUCCUAAGAAAAAAAAAAUUAUUAGUAACUUACAUUAUUAUUAGUUGUUAACUGUAAAUAGGUACCUUUGUAAAAAUCAUUGAUGUAGAUGGGGAAGUUUGACUAGAGACAUCCACAGUUUGUAAAUGUUUUUUUGGCGGAACAUUAGUACAAAAGUGUGCAGUAAAACUUUGUGCUCUUCUAGUUGCCAUUGGACUUCUCAUACCACAACAUACUUCACAUUGAGGUGUUGCAUUGUAAGAAGUGCAAUCAUCACAUGCUGAUCCAUAGGAUGAACUUCCGAGGCCAGAAUCUUGCCUAUGAGGUGGUUGAGCUGUAAAUACAAUAUUUCCUCGUUGAAAUCCAUAACACUGUUGCUGUUGAGAUAACGAUUGAUCGUUAUUAGGUCCUUGUUUCAAUUUUAAAUGUGCAUGUAUUGACCAAUCGCGUAUCAAAUUUGGAUUUUUAUUGUCUGUAUUGUUCAUUUUGUUCAUUUUAUAAAUCUCAUUUAAAUUUGUUGCAUUACAUUAAAAGUGUACCUUCGAAUGCUGUGUUAUAUUAAAUACUGGCCACUAAGAUGAGUAAAAAUUAUCUUAAUUCUCAGCUGAGAGUAGUUGUUUUGGCAUAGUAUCAAACUCAAACUAUAUACUGUUUAAAGUGUAAGACUGUCAGUAAAAAUAAGUGGGGGGACUAGUGUUUUUCUAAGGUCAUAAUUUACAGUGAACAAAUUAAAAAUUCACCCACAUACUGCAUUCUGUUAACAGAACAUUAACACAAAUUAGAUUUAAAAAUCAAUAAUUUUGAUAAGUUAAUAAUUUAGAUAAAAAUACAUAAUAAAAUAAUAAUUAUUAAAUGAAAUUUAGAGCCACAAGCACAAGAACACUUAUUAACAAACAACUUUAUAAUUCUAAAAAAUUUCCUGUUGCAUUCUAACCUUAGAUUAAAAGUUUGUAAAUAUUAUAAAUAUAUAUAUAUAUAUAUAUAUUAUAUAAAAGUUUUGUAUACUAACAUUAAAUGUGUAUGACGUUUAUAAUCAAAGUCAAAUGAAUGGUCUUGGUAGUAUAUCCUAUCCAGAAAAGUAAUGGCUUUACGCCAAUUGAAGUGUGCUAAAAAGAUGCAGUUUCUAUUUCCAGAUAGUAUUAUGUAACAGCUUGACAAAAUAUACUUUACUAAUUUAAUUUAUUAUUUUUUUUUUUUUUUGUAUUUCAUAAAUAUUUUAAUGAUACAAAACAGGGAUGACUAAUAUGCAUCUCAUAAACUACAUGCAAUAUAUACUGUUUAUUAUAUUAUAUGUGUAUAUUUUUUUUUCAAUGGUUUGAUAUAUUUACAAAAACAGAUUAGUACCAACUAUUUUAAUGAUAUAAAUAUGCAUAUAUUAGAAUAAUUUAAUAAUUGGUUAAUGGUUAAUCUCAUAAUCUGUUAUUGUUAUUUAAUAUAUAUAUAUAUAUAUGAUAUUAUAAUGUAUGUAUAUAUAUUUAAUUAUCACUGUGGUCCAAGAAAGAAGGACUUGAAUGGUUUUUUUUUAUUUUUUAUUUUAUAUUUUAGAAAAAUUAAAGAUUGAUAUUUCUUUUAUGUUAUGGAAACAUUUUUUUCUUUGAAUCUUACUAGGAGCGUUGCUCUUAAAAUCCUAUUUUUCAUAUUUAAUAAUUAGCGAGUGAAUUUUUUUUGUUUUUACUAUUUAAAUUAUAAAUAGUCAAUCUAAAAAAAAAAAUUAUUAUUAUUGACCUUUUAUUUCUAUUUAAUUUUAUAAUAGGCACAAGCAAAUCUUUCAGAAUCAAGUAGUAAAUUGGAUCUGCUACGACGAUCGCUUGAACUCCGUCGUCAAGAGCUCCCAGCUAAUUCUACAACAGCUGCUCAAUUAAUACGAGAGUUACAAAACGUUCAAGCUGCUAGUCCAACUCCAAAUCAUGCGUAUGUUAGUUUACAGCCAUUCCUAAAAGCAGAACGAAAUGUGGUACCUGAAAAAGCCACUGUACCUAGAUGUGCUGCGGUCACCGGUAAACUUGAAGUCAGGUUAGUAUCUCAAAUGAGUUACUAUUACAGUUAUAUAUUACCAUUAAUUAAUGACAUAAAUUAUUAAUUGUGUUUAUAUAGAUUAAUGGGUUGUCAAGAUUUGCUUGAAGAAGUUCCUGGUAGAUCGAGACGUGAAAAAGAUAAUCCCGGGGACUUGAGAUCUUUUGUAAAAGGGGUGACAGGACGUAGUUCUAGUAAAUCAUAUAAUAUUAAAGACGAAAUUAGUAGUAAGCAAUGAAUUACUACAAAAAAUUUGUUUUAUUUUAUAAUACAUUUUUUAAAUUUAUUUAUUUGUAGAUGAAAUCAUGGCUGUUAUUAAAUUAGAUAAUCAAACAGUUGGUCAAACUAGUUGGAGACCAUGUUCACAACAAGCAUGGGAUCAAAGGUAGUAUAGUGUGAUGUUUUUGUUAAAGUUUUAUUAUUGAAGAAAAUAUUUAUUAAAAUUCAACAUUAUUUUUUUAAACAAUACUAAAAAUUUUUUUAAACUUUCAACGAUUAAACAAUAUUGAUGAUUUUUAUUUUACAUUUUCAAAAUGCUAUGAUACUUUGAAAUCAAUUGAAUAAUCUGAAAAUAAUAAAUAAAAUAAAAAAAGUUAUAUUUUAUGUACAAUAUUAUUAUUACUUGAUUGUAAUAAUUUUAAAAAUUUAAAUGAUUAUAUUCUCUUCAAUUCACCAUAUAAUCCAAAUAAUAAACUUGAAUUAUAAAUUUAUCAAUAAUCUAUGAUAAUAGUCUAUAUAGCUAUAUUUUUAAAUUGCUUUUAGAUUUUCUAUUGAUUUGGACAAAUCUCGAGAACUAGAGAUUGGAGUGUAUUGGAGAGACUGGCGAUCAUUGUGUGCUAUUAAAUUUCUUAGAUUAGAGGAGUUUAUUGAUGAUAUUCGACACGGUAUGGCUUUACAACUAGAACCACAGGGACUUUUGUUUGCAGAGGUAAUUCUAAUUUGUUUAGUUGUUAAUGAUUAAAAUUAAGUUAUGUAUUAUUACUUAUCAUAUACCAUAACUUGUGAUUUCUUAACCUUCGGGCGGGCGCACUGUGAUUUUUACACUGCAAUCGUUUUCACUCACCUUAAAGUUUUUGAAUACUUGUUGUCCAAACACAUUAAAACUGUACCGACUGCUAUUUUACAUCUAAAAAAGUAAAUAGAGAGUACCUAUUAAAAUAAAUAAGGUAGGUACACGGACAAAUUCUCCAAAAGUAAGGUUUAAAUACUUUUUAGCACCUACUUGUAAGGUUAAAUGAAAUUACUAUUAAAAUAAUUAUAAAACUUAUUUUAAAAAAAUCACUGUAUUGUUAUAAUUGUUGUUUUUCUUUUUAGAUAACAUUUUUGAACCCCAUGAUAUCUCGCCAACCACGUCUAAGGCGUCAACGUAAGAUAUUCAAACAGCAAGCUAAAAACUUCCCCAGAGCCAAUCAAAUGAAUGUAAAUAUAGCCGCUUGGGGUCGUCUUCUUAAAAGAACGUCACCUUCAAUUCAAAAUUCACCAUUAGUUCCUGCACAGCAACAUUCAAGAUCACAUUCUCACUCGGACAGUUCCACGGGUUUGCACAUAUUUUGAACUAGUAAUAAAUAAUAAUUAUUGUUAACAAAUCGUUUUUUAAUUAUUAAUGCAGAUGGAGGUGAUGCAAGACUUGAAGAAAAGUGUACACCUGGUGAAACGCCUGAACCGAAUCACACUUGUGGGUUGGCUAGUGCUCGCCCCUUAGGUUUAGGGGUUGCUGUUUUACCUCCAUUACCACCCACUAUCGCUGAGCAGCGAAAUAUAUCUUCAGGAUCUCCUACAUUCCUACCCUCAACAGUUUUAGCUGCGAACAAAAGAAUACCAGUCGUUCCAACUAUACCACCUCCGAGGCCACCACGACAAUUAGAUCAAGAGGUGAGUAUCAUUACACUUUUGCUUAUGCAAAUCGUGUAUAAAUGUUUGCCACGAAGCUUUUUGAACAUCAUUGCACACAAGGGGGGUAAAUUGUAUGAUAUGUAUAGCUGCAGAAUGCGUUGAAGGAAUUUGACUUUUUACACGACGACGAGGAACAACAAACAUUACCGCCGGUCCAUGCAAGACAUGUAAUGAAAAUGUCUGUGAGCAUAGAAAGUGUUGGAAGUUCAACUCUGGGAACACCGCAGCCGUCCCCUCUUGUAGAGUUUCCCCAGGACGAGGUACAUUCUCUUCCUACACCACUGUGCUAGGCUUGUCUCUAACACGUGUGCGCAUAACUGGUAUAUCAUCCAUAUCUAACCGAUUUUGUGCAUGUACGAUUUGGAGUAGACUUCAUUGGUUUUUUUUUUUAAUCUUAAAAUUGAUCACAUAUUUUAGCAUCAUAAAAUAAUAAUAUAAAAAAAACAAAAACUUUAUACAAACUGAAUUAAUAUUGAUUUACAAAAUUGAGUUUUAUUCUUCUUAGAAUGUUUAACCUUCAUACUGCGCACCAUUUUUCCAGAUAUCGUAUUUAGUUGCACGGGGGUAAAUAUCUACUCCACAACAAAUAUUCAUUUUUAUAUUAUAAUUUAAACUUCAAAUUUAUUUUUGUUGCUGGCAGUUUUUAUUUAUUUUAAGAUUUAAAUAUCUUAGGACUGUAUUAUAUUAGUUAGGACUGUAAAUAAAGACUUUUGUAUACUAUUAUUAUUGUUUUCUGUAAUAAUAGGACUGUAUUAUAACAUAACUGUACAUAAUAUAAUUUUGUUUAUUUACUUUCAUAUUUAUUCACAUUACGUACUUAUAGUAAUAUAUAGAGGGAUUCUUUAGUAUACAGAAUGAAUCAAAAAUACAAAUGUUUAUAAAUUGUUUUCAACAGGAACAUUUUUUUUUUUUUUUUUAUUAAUUUAAAAAUAGUGUUAUACUAUAAAGUUUAUACACUUUUUAUUCCUGUAGGUAUAUUACAUUUUUUUUUAGUAUUUGUACAUUAUAAAAUAUUACACAGGUUUUCCUUUGAGAAUAGGCAGUAUAUGAAAAAUUAUAAUGAUUUAUACAACUUUUUACACUAUUGAUAGUACCAAAUGUAAAAAGUAAAACGAUACCAUAAACAGUCUAUUUAUAGGUGUAUUAUUUGAAGCUAUUGUGGGGGACAAACAUCCAUGUCUAUUUUUUUUUUUUACAAUGUAGAUAUGUCUCGUGCAAUUAUUUACUCCGUGCACCAUAUGAAGGGCUAAUAUCAACAAAAAAUAUAUCACUAAAUGCAUAUAAUACAAUUUAAUUAAAGUUUGAAUAUUUUGGAUGUUUAACUUUAAAUUAAAUAAAAAGUCAACAAACAAAAUAUGGUGUUUUCAGUGAAAAGAAAAGAUAGAUUUGAAAAUGUUCUUGAUAAAAUUUUCAAAAAAAAGUAAUAAUCAUGACAAUUAUACAAUUUCAAAUUCACUAAAAAAUCUAUUUAUAAGUUCUUAACAUUUUUUAAAUACUCUUGUUGUGUACAGUGAAUAUAUGCUUUUGAAAUUACUUCUCAAUGAUGAAAAGAAAAUGUAAUAAAUAAAAAAAAAAAACAGUAGUAUAAUUUGUUUAUGAAAAGUGACAUUUGGCAGGCUACUGUUUUGAAUAAACCAUUUUCGUCAGUUAUAUCAAAUUGCAUAUAAUUUCUCUAAAAUCUGUUUUUAAUUAUUGAUUAACAAUAAAACAUUUGGUUACAACUUUUUAAACAUCUUCAUAAUCCCUCAAAGCUUUUAAAAUAAUAAUAUAUAACAUAAAUCCUUUUUCGAGUUAAGUUGCAUGUGUAUUUCCACAGAGACAUUAAGAAUAUUAACUCAGUAUUAUUCAUUUUUCUUUUUAAUAAUAGGUAAAUUUAAUACAAUAAUACAUUUUUAACUAUUUAUUAUAUUAGAUAUUUUAAAUAAAAAUACAUUUGUUAUUAUAGGUUAUUAUUAAUUCAUUUUUUAACAAAUAAUAAUUAAGUCUUAUAACUACUUUGUGGAGGAGCUUUAGUAUUUGUCUAUUCUCUUACAAAAACAUGCAUGAGUAGUUAGUUAUUAAUUUUGUAUAACAUAAGUGUGUAUUUUUUUUCAAAUUGUAGAUUGAUCUUGAAAUUAAUUUUAUUACACCAUUUUAUUAAAAUUGAUUUGUAUCUUUUUAAUUUACUACAAAUAUGUAAUUUAUAAACUACUUUAACAAUCUAGAAUGCAAUUAGUUAGAUUUAAAUUUAGUUAAUUACUAUAGUACUAUAUAUAAUAUAUAUAACAAAUGGUUAAAUCCUAUAUUUUUCUUAAUUAAUUAUGUGUGGAUGAAAAUGAUAAUAAGAUUCCAUUUUUUAAUAUUUGUAGUUAUUUAGUCAUCCUGUUUCACGUGUACUCGAUUACCGGGAAAAUGACUCAAAAGGACAUCAUCUUGCGACACCUAAUAAUUUGCAAUUGACGGAAUCUAAUAAAACCACAUUGUCUAAUGCAUUCAGAUUUUCGCAAAUGUCAAUGGACGAUUUUAGACUUCUGAGCGUAUUGGGUAGAGGCCAUUUUGGAAAGGUAAUAAUAAUUAUUAGAAAUAAUUAGUACAAAUAACUAAUUUAUGUUUUAUUUGCUUUCCAUUCAUAUUAGGUAAUAUUGUGUCAACACAGAAAGUCAAGCGAAUAUUUUGCCAUAAAAGCACUGAAAAAAGGUGAUAUAAUUGCUCGUGACGAAGUAGAGUCAUUAUUAUCUGAAAAAAGGAUAUUCGAAGUGGCUAAUGAUAUUCGCCACCCAUUUUUAGUUAACUUAUUCGCUUGCUUUCAAACAGACGUAAGUGCAUUAAUAAUUAUCUAUUUAUUUGUAUUUGACAAUUUUUUGGUUUAUUAUUUCCAGGCUCAUGUAUGUUUUGUAAUGGAAUAUGCUGCUGGCGGUGAUUUGAUGAUGCACAUACACGCUGAUGUGUUUACAGAACCAAGAGCAGUUUUCUAUGCAGCAUGUGUUGUAUUAGGACUACAGUAUUUACAUGAAAACAGUAUCAUUUAUCGGUUAGUACAAUAUUAAAUAAUUGUAGUCAUUUUUAUGUAUGAUGUUAUUUAUAUGGUGCGUUUAAUUAUUUGUUAGUGACUUGAAAUUAGACAACUUGUUAUUGGACACUGAUGGAUAUGUAAAAAUAGCUGAUUUUGGAUUGUGCAAAGAAGGUAUGGGAUUUGGAGAUCGGACCGGAACAUUUUGCGGAACUCCCGAAUUUUUGGCUCCUGAAGUUCUUACUGAAACUUCGUAUACACGUAGUGUGGAUUGGUGGGGCUUAGGAGUACUGAUAUUUGAAAUGCUUGUUGGAGAGGUAAAUAUAUUUUGAAUAUUACUGAGUAACAUGACAUAACUAAUAUAUAUUUUUAUUACACAUAGUCACCCUUCCCUGGUGAUGAUGAAGAAGAAGUGUUUGAUUCUAUAGUAAAUGAUGAAGUUCGAUAUCCUAGGUUCUUAUCAUUAGAAGCGAUUGCAAUCAUGAGAAGAGUAUAUUAUUUUUAAUUUAUAUAUUUAUAUUUGAGUAAACUACAUAUUUAUAAUAAAAUAUUUUAUUAUUUUUGUGGACAUAGCUUUUACGUAAAAAUCCAGAGCGUAGAUUAGGUUCGAGUGAAAGAGAUGCAGAAGAUGUAAAAAAACAAGCAUUUUUCAGACAAGUUGUUUGGGAUGACUUGUUACAAAGAAAGGUUCAACCUCCAUUUGUACCUACUGUUGUAAGCAUCCUUAAUAUAUCUAUUUUUAUAUCUGAUAUUGGCUCUACAUAAUAAAUUAUACUAAUACGAAAAAAAUAUAAAUACAAAUUUAGAAUUCUGUAGAAGAUGUGAGUAACUUUGAUGAAGAAUUUACUUCUGAGACACCACAAUUAACACCACCUAAAGAUCCAAGACUGUUAAACGAUGAUGAACAACAGUUAUUUAAAGACUUUACGUAUACAGCUGACUGGUUUUAAGAGAAUAAUUUAAAAAAGAAAAAAGGAAAAGUUACUUUUUCAUUAAUAAAAUUGUAUGUUAAUAAUCGAUCAAAUUAUAAUAGCUAGUUUUGUCCAAUAAAAAAACAAAUUAAUUGAAUAUAUUUUUAUUUUUGCGAUACUUUUACAGACAUUUUCCAAAUAUAAUUGUGAUUUAUAUUUUAAGUUAUAAAACUUUACACCAUGCUGCUGCUCAGAUUACAUUUAUUAAACAAUAGUUACCACGCAAUUUUUUGAAAUAGAAAUAUUAUCUUAUUAUUGAUGUACUGAUAUGAAGGAUUUGAAUAAAAACAGAACUUGAUGAUUCACCACCUAUUUAGAACAUAAGAUAUGUGUAAUUCUAAAAUUGUUAAAUAUUUUUUUAAUACAAAUUGUGUGUUUAUAUCCCAUUCAUAAAUAUAAUUAUAUGUAAAAUAUUUAUGUAAAUUGUGUACAAUUAUAUUAAACAAAUAAAAUUUAUGUAAUAUAUUAUAUUUUUAAAUGAAAAUUUAAAAUGAUAAUUGUUAGCAGCUUUUAAACAAUAAGAGGAAAAUAAAGUAAUAAUAAAAAUACUAUUAUUUAAUUAGGUAGCUAAUAGUCCUAGAAAUUAUUGCACAUUUAGACUACGGUUUUAUCUGUAUGUUAAACAUUUAUUGUUUUAAUUAGCUCAAUUUAUUAUUGACAAUAAUUCGCUCACUUAGUAUAUAAUGGUUAUUAUUAUUUUUGUUCAAAAGUUGAUGAUUACAGUGUUUGUUAAGGCUUUAAUUAUAUUUACAAUUUCGUAUUUAUAAUUUAAAAUGAAUAUUAAUUCUUACUAUUAUAUAAUGGACAAAUUAUAAUCAUUAUUAUGUAUAUAUUA